AUGGCCGACGGCGACGAGUGGAUUUACGUCCUCUCACGCGAGGAGAAUCCAUCCAAGAACGCGGGCGACGGCGGCGCCGAGGAGAGCACCGGCAACGACGCAGCACAAGCGGACGAGGACGGCGAGGAGGCGCGCUCGGACGGCGGGUCCUACGGCUCGACGGAGGUGAACGAGUACCUGGACUACAUCGAGGACGUGGAGAAAGAGGACGACGCGGCCACCGGCGGGGACGCCGUCGCGGAGGCCCUGCGCGCCCUCGCGAUCGGCGAGGCCGCCCCUGGCGCCGCGGUGAGCCGUGUUGCCUCCGGCGGCGGCGACCGCGGGAAGGCCGCCGUCGUGGAGAACCCCUACUACGACUGCUACGGCGGCGGCCCCACGGACGCCGAGGCGUACUACGGCGGCGGCCAGGACUACGGCUACGGCUACGGCUAUGAAUACGGCUUGGGCUCAGGCUCUGCUUGGCGCGGCUACGUAACCGGCACAAGCUCGGUCUCGGGCUCAGGCUCAGGCUCCGCUUCUCGCGGCUACGAACCCGGCUCGGGUUCCGGCUCUGGGUCGGGCUCCGCUUCUCGCGGCUACUACGGCUCCGGCUACGAUGAUGACGGAUACGGCACCGGCGGCUACGGCUACAACAGGUACGGCUACGGUGGCGACGCGUAUGGCUACGCGCCUGGCUACGGCUACGGCUACGACUACGGCGAUGCAUACGGAUACGGCUACGGCGAUGCAUACGGAUACGGCUACGGCGAUGCAUACGGCUACGGCUACGGCUACGGCGGCUACGCAUACGACCCGAGGUCGGUGCUGUACAGGGCGCCGCCUGCCUACGGCGGCGUGCCCUACUACCCGUCAAACCCGUACACGUACCCGGUCCAGGGGGCACGAUACGCGCCGCCGUCCCGCCGCCACCCUCCGCGCGCCAGCGAGCCGCCGGCCGUUGGUCCGCCGCAGCCGGACCCCUCGGCGAGCAUCUAA